AUGAAAGUGUCCAAGUUGUUUGUGGUACUCUUGGUGAUAAAUGUUAUAGAAAUACAAGGAUAUCACUAUUAUGAUGCAAAUAAUAAGAAAACACGCUGCUUAAAUCCUCCCCGAACGGCAAGAAAAGUGGAAACCUUUAUAAAGGAGUGUCAGGAUGAAGUGAAAAAUAAAUUGGUACAAGAGGCAUUUUCCAUACUCAAACACGAAGUGGCUAAAUUCCAACCACCCAUAAAUCUACAUGAUGAUAAUAUCGAAUAUAUGGAGACCACUGAGACCGCGUCCACACAUGAUGCAGCUUGGUCCGAAAAUACCGGCAUACCGGAAGAACAGUCAUAUUUUCAAGAUCAUAAUCACAAUCAAUAUGAAUAUUUUUCCGAGGAGGAUAACGCCCGUAGACGGGUUGCCCGUUUAAUGAGUGGCAUUUCACGUGUUGACGAUCUAACAAAUGGUAUUUAUCAUCCGACCCUGGUGCCGUUUGAAGAUAAACGAAUAGCUGGGUGUCUAUUACAUUGUGUUUAUGCCAAAAAUAAUGCCAUUGACAAAAAUGGUUGGCCUACAUUGGACGGUUUGGUGGAUUUCUAUUCGGGCGGUGUCAAUGAACAUGGCUUCUUUAUGGCCACCCUGCGUUCGGUGAAUUUGUGUUUGCGUGCUGUCACCAAUAAAUAUCACGUGGAUCGUCGUCAAUUACCGGAAAAGGGUGAAAGCUGUGAUUUGGCAUUUGAUGUUUUCGAUUGUAUAUCGGAUCAAAUUACCGGUUAUUGUUUGGAUCAAUAUAAGGCGUAG